ACGGAAGAAAGCGAAAUUUCCUUUUUGCUCCAUAGCGGAAUACGGUUUCCAUGGGACCACUGGCCCGUAAAUUAAAACAAUGGCAGACUACCUACAUAUGUACAUAUACAGGAAGACAGAAAAAUGCGAUACACGACUGUCUCCUUCCUUUCAAAGUAUAGUUAGGUGUAUGUAGGGCUCAAAGAAAAUCAUGUAUUCUUGUUCUGGUUGCUUGCAUUUUCCUCCGGCAUCGAGCAGCAGUGCGUCACACAAUUAAAUAGUCUACAUAUUUUAGUGGGCGGCCCCCCGGAGAAAAGCGAGUGUGCGUAAAAUGGAGGAGACCUGGCACAGGCAUUGAUUGAAGUCGCAGGUCGCGACCUUCCCACACAUUCUUUAUCAUUACAACGGUAAUAAUGGCGCCACCACUACCAUUAACGCCAGCAGAGUAAAAGACGGCGUGUGCGGCGAUGGAGUAAAACUGAUUAUCUCGUGUUGAAGUUUUGGUAAAGCGAAAAUGGAGAAAUGCAGGGCGUGUGGGAGUGGCGAGAGUGAGAAUGUAUCAAGUUGUUCUGGGGAAAGGCAGAGCUCUACUUUCAGUGCGGACGUGAGUGGUGAUGGCGAUGGGGAUGGCUUCAGCUCUGAGACGCCGAGCUUCAGGCGGGGAGACGAUGAGCUGGAGGUCGGGAUGGGCACGGGCACCACUUCUGAGGGAUCAUCGCCCUUGGGAUGGCCUCUGGGAAGGUCGGAUACAUCUAAUUCCGGCUCCUCCACGGCUCCUUUGCCGCUCACCGGGGGCCGAGACACGGUCAUAUGGGAGGAAAGAAGUGACAAGCUAUACAAUGAUUUAUCAGAAGUUGAACUGAUGAAAGAAAGGUUCGCUAAACUGCUGCUGGGUGAAGACAUGUCUGGUGGUGGAAAAGGGGUCUGCACUGCACUUGCUAUCUCUAAUGCGAUUACAAAUCUUUCAGCUUCUGUUUUUGGUGAACUUUGGAGGCUGGAACCCCUAGCUUCACAGAAGAAGUCAAUGUGGCGCAGAGAAAUGGAGUGGCUCCUUUGUGUUAGUGAUUCCAUUGUUGAACUCAUACCCACUUGGCAAGAGCUUCCAGAAGGUGCUAGUUUGGAGGUCAUGGUGAGCAGGCCUCGAUCAGAUCUUUACAUCAAUCUCCCAGCAUUGAAGAAGCUGGAUGCAAUGCUACUUGAAACUUUGGAUAGUUUCAGUGAUACUGAAUUCUGGUAUGUGGAUCGAGGAAUUCUGUUUGGAGAUGUAAAUGAUAAUGGGCGCAUUCCACUCAGGCUGCCUUCUCAACGGCAAGAAGAAAAAUGGUGGCUACCCACCCCCAGGGUUCCUCCAGAUGGCCUGUCCGACAGUGCAAGGAAGCGAUUGCAACAUCAUCGAGAAUGUACCAAUCAGAUCCUAAAGGCAGCUAUGGCAAUCAAUAAUCAAGUCUUGUCAGAGAUGGAGGUUCCCAACAGUUAUUUAGAAACUCUCCCAAAGAAUGGGAAGGCUAGCCUUGGUGAUAUCAUUUAUCGCUACAUAACAGCAGAACAAUUUUCUCCAGAUUGUCUUCUAGAUUGCCUAGACUUGUCAUCUGAACAUCACACUUUGGAAAUUGUGAAUCGCAUUGAAGGUGCUAUACAUGUGUGGAAGCAAAAACUUCAUUCUAAACAUACAACUAGUGGAAGGGAUAACAGGUCCACCUCCAAGUCUUCCUGGGGCAAGAUGAAAGACUUUGUUGGAGAUGUUGAGAGGAGAGAGCUCCUUGCAGAACGAGCGGAAAGUCUCCUUUUAACUUUGAAGCUCAGGUUUCCUGGCUUGUCGCAGACUGUUUUGGAUAUGAACAAGAUACAGUACAAUAAGGAUGUAGGCCAAGCAAUUUUGGAAAGCUAUUCAAGGGUGUUGGAGAGUUUGGCCUUCAACAUUAUUGCUCGCAUUGAUGAUUUAAUUUAUGUGGAUGAUAUGUCCAAACAAACUGCUCAGCGUCAAUUUGCUUCCAUCCCUCCUCCUGUCAGCAGCAGAGGUACUCUCCCUCCACAUAAGAUGGUUUAUUCACAAAAUCCAGUUCAUGUCUCCUUAACUCCCUAUACUACUCCUUUUGCUACACCAAACUUUUCCACCACACCCCUGGCUAGCCCUGGGAGGGCACCCGAUUCACCUUAUUUUAACAGCAGAUCCAACAAUGUCCAUAGCUAUGGGCCUCAAAACAGAGUUUUGUCUCAUUUUCUCGGGGCUGAGAAGGAAGCUAGUGAUAAUACUCAUACUAAUGGGUACGUGGGUAAAUCUGUUUUAGGAGAAAUGAGUAGAGCAUGGUCCUACACUGAAAAUCUAGGAAUUAGGAGAGACUUAAAAAGCCCUCCUGCACGUGACUGAUCAGUGGAAUUGUUAAUUUUGGCAACUGUAUGAGACACUGUUGAAGCAUUUGCUUUUCGUGUGGGCUCUACGAGAUUUGUAUGAGUGGUUAAUCAAACUGACAUCCCCCGUGGGAUGAGAUUUGCUUAAUUGCAGUUCAUUUUUUCUCUGUACAUAACACUUUUAUGACUUGGCAAUGGCGCAGCAAAUGAUAGAUCUACUGCUAACAAAGGUAUGUGGUGCUGUCACUGUUCUGUAAAAAAUAAUGCUUAUGUUCCUUCAAUUAUUGCUAGGGACUGGAACUCUGUUUUCUUUCAAGUAGCAUACUGGAGACUGGCAUUUGUAUGAUAUAGAAUUUACCCUCUAGUGUACUCUUGAAUAUGUUGGAGGCUGACAUUUUCACUUACGCUAUUACCAUCAAGUUUCAACGUGGUAACAUUCUUCUGUGUU